UUCAUAAUGGGGCCACGUGAAAUUUCAGCAUUAAGUUGGCUUCAAUUGGAAGGGUUGAAGUAGGGAAUAUUAUUGGUUGCUACCUUUGGCAGGUAUUUUCUGGAUUAGCAGAGGCUUCUAGUCAGGAAACAUGGAUACAGAAGAGGAUGAUGGGAUGGAAAGUUUUGACAUCAACGAACGAGAUUUGGAGUAUGCGUUAAAUCCGGGUUAUCGUCGCGGAUUAUCAAAGAAUCAACAACUAUACGGCAUUUGGGCUGAUCGUGAGGAAAGUGAUAGCGAGGAUGUGCGUGCCGGGUUCGGUUCAAAAGGCUCAAAGAAACAAAGUAAAAAUUAUUCCGCUCCAGUGACAUUUGUCAGUGGUGGUAUAAAACACGGCAAUACAAUUGAAAGGGAGAAUAAAAAUGAUGAUGAUGAUGAUGCAGUGGAUGAUGAACCAGUUUCUCUAGCAAGACCACGACGGUCAUUCCGUCGGCAGACAGGUGCAAAUGUUUUUGCCGGACUUCGUUUGUCGUCAACGCAUAGUGUGGUGGAUCCUGAUAAAUUCGCAGAUUGGGCGAAGCAUUCCAAAUCUGACGUGAUUAUGAAAAUGAUGCGUAAAAUGGGUUACGUACCGGGACAAGGACUGGGUGCAAAUAAACAAGGUAUUGUAGAACCCAUUCAAGCGGUUCUUCGGCCAGGGAGGGCAGCUGUGGGUGCCUAUGGAAGAGAAUCCAAAGGGCCGAACUAUGGAGAAUCGGCCGGGGAAACACAAAAGAGAGUAGAAAGCGGUAACGAUGAUGACAAAGUCGAAGAACCAACGAGAAGGGGGAAUUGGAAGAAGAAUGGUUCCAAGAAAAGUGUGAAAUACCAAUAUAAAACGAUUGAUGAAGUGAUUGCCGAAGGCGGACCACUCAAGCAACGAUUUAGCAGUGGAAGUAGUGGUGUCAAGGUUAUCGACAUGACAGGGAAGGAACAAAAAGUUUAUUCCGGUUAUGAUGCCUAUGCAGCUAAAACGAGAGCAGUCGCAGAAGCACAAGUGGAGUGUCUUGCAUUUGAUGUGCCAGAAUUAAUGCAUAAUUUGAAUUUGUUAAUCAACGAGACUGAAGAAACAAUACGUCACAAUGAUCGGCAAUUGCGCUUCCUAAGAGAUCAAACAGCAGCACUCGAAAAUGAUAGCGUACAGAUACAGGCUGCUUUGUUGAAAGAACGCGAGGAGCAGAAACGGGUGGAAGAGCUGAAUGACUUAUUGGAAAGGUUUUCCGCGAAAAGUGAUGAGGAGAGUGUAACGCUUGAUGAUUGUCGGAAAUUAUUUCAGAAAAUGCAGACAGAAUUCUUUGAGGAAUAUCGUUUGUUCAGAUUGGAAGAAAUAGCUGUUGCAAGCGUUUUACCACUCAUUCAGCAUUAUUUCCUAACAUGGAAUGCUCUUAAUGAUGAGCAAAUGAGUCACGGUAUCGCGUUGAUGAGUGAGUGGAAAAGGGUACUGGAAAUCGAACAGCGUAGUGUAUUCAACGUUACUAGAAGUUUAGAAAAUCUCUCACCCUUUGAUCGACUUCUUUGGGAUGGAUGGAUGCCAGUGAUGAGGAAAAUUGCUUUGCGGUGGAAUCCACGAGACGACCCUCAAUCGAUGUUACAUGUCGUUGAAAAAUGGCUACCUCUGCUACCUUUAUGGAUGCGCGAGAAUCUUUUAGAACAAAUUAUAAUACCGCGAAUAGCCACUCAAGUGGACGAAUGGAAUCCUCUGACAGAUCGCAUACCUAUUCAUACAUGGUUGCACCCAUGGCUGGAUGUAAUGGGUGAUCGGCUUCAACCGAUCUUCUCCCCGAUUAGACAGAAAUUGGCCAAAGCAUUAAAAGAAUGGAAUCCAACGGAUAGAAGUGCCUUGUCCAUGCUUCGACCAUGGAAAGGUUGUUUCGCAUCGGCAACUAUGUCUGCUUUUCUGGCAAUGAACAUCAUACCCAAACUUGAGAAGGCCUUGCAAGAAAUGAUAUACGACCCUACAAAAAAUCAUCGGUACGAUGAAUUUUAUGCAACGCUGGACUGGGUUGAAUUGAUCGGUACGGAGGGUAUUGCAGCUGUAUUAGUACGUAGUUUCUUCCCAAAGUGGUAUGAAACAUUGUGCAUUUGGUUGGAAUCUCCGCGCGUAGUACCUCAGGAGGUGGUAGUGUGGUAUAAUGAAUGGAAAAGUCGUUUCCCGGUUGAAAUUUCUUCAUUGAUUAUUAUCCAAGAGCAAUUAAAGCGUGCACUCAUUGCAAUGAAGCAUGCUCAACAAGGCCUCCAUCUCCCAAAAGAAAUGCAGCCACCUUUACCACCUCCGGAACCGGUCUCCGGAAUGUACAACCCUGCACCACCGAGAAUACAACCCCCACCCCCUCAUCUUUCUUUCAAGGAUUUGGUAGAAUUAAGGGCACGUGAAGCGGGCGUUUUGUUCGUACCUCAGCUGAAUAAGUUCCGAGAGGGGAAGCCUGUUUAUUGGUUUGGUAAUGUAUCUAUUUACAUCGAUCGGAAUGUAAUUUUUGGUUUCAACGUCGAGACACAGCAGUGGUCACCAAUCGGAUUAGAUCACUUGCUAAGUAUAUGCUAAUUAGUUUUUUUUGGGAGGUAGACUUUCUGAUUAAUUGGUUGCAGUUGAGACGCCAUAAAUGUAGGCUUGCUUCUCAUCCUUUCCAUAUUGAACCUCCAUCCAUUCUUGAAAUUCAGCUUUAAAUAUCAUUUCGUACCUAUUAUUGUCUCUCUGUAAAAAUCACUGUUUAUUGAAAUCUGACCUUAAGCCUCCACCCAUUCUUAAACUUCAGCUUUAAAUAUCACUUCGUACCUAUUAUUGCCUCUCUGUAAAAAUUACGUUUACCUACGUUUAUUGAAAUCUGACCUUAAAUGCCUGACAAGUCAUCCGCGCGAAGGUGGGUAACGCGGUAAAUACACCGGCAGGUCAGGAACGUUGGAAAACUGCUUAGUUUGUACCUUCUGUUGAAAAAAUUUUACAGUUCCCUUGAUAAAAUCUUUUUGCUGA